UUAAAUUUGUAAAUAUUGGAAGCAGCUCACUAAUGUUGCGAUGUAAAAUUAAUCUAAAACGCCAUAAAUUUAGAUUAUGCUUCCCAAACAGGUCCUUCAAUAUAUAACUCUAUAUAUUUAGAAUCUCAUACUCUUAUAGAGAUCGAGAAGACAUUUUAAAUCUUAAAUUAAAAAUUAGAAAUGAAUUAUGGAUUUGUAGGACUUCCUCAAUAUUAUAUAUAUAUUUAAUAAAGUAAAAAGGAUUCAUAAUGUGCAAGUGAAGAAGUAUUAUAAAUGUUAGGUGAAUCUUAUGAAAAUUGCAAGCUUUGUAAAGGAAAUUACUUUGGUUGUAGCAGUCCUUAAUAAUCUAAGCUUUUAAAAGAUUAAUAAAGAAUUAUAUAUGAUAAUAAAAAUAACCUUUUCACAGUUAAAAAUUCUUAUGAUUUAUCUUAAAAAGUAGUAGAAGCUUUCUAAAAAAUAUGGAAUUGCAAUAAUCCUGAUGAUUAAAUUCCUGUAAACUCACUAUUUGAUACAUUUACUUAAUCUAAAUUAUUGCAAUCCCCUUCUUAAGGUUUUCCUGAAGUUUGUGGAGGUUCUUCCUGCACAUUAUUGCCUGGAUGCUUCCGUUGUUAAAAAGACUAAUCAAAGUGUUUUGAAUGCCAAAAAGGAUUUUUAUUUGAAAAUGGUUAAUGUAAAGUUUGCCCUGUAAAUUGUUCUAUGUGUAUUAAUGAUUCUUAAGACGAUGAAUUUAAAUGUUAAUAAUGUUAUAAAGGAUUUUUCAAUUUAGAUGGCAAAUGUAAAAGUAAAUGUCCAAAAGAUUAUAUAUAAACGUCAAAGGCUUGUUUAAAAUGUAUAGAUGGAUAAUUUUUAACAGAUGAUAAGUGUAUUUAAUGCCCGUAAUAUUGUAAAAAAUGUACUUAAGAAAAUACUUGUAAUUAAUGCUUUGAUGGAUUUACACUAAAUAAUAAUACUUGUUCAUAAGCUCCAUUAAAUACUGGAUGUAAAGAUGAUUAAUGUCCUGAUGGAUUUUUUAGAUCUACCGAAUAUCCUUAUAAAUGUUAAUAAUGUCAUUCAUCUUGUUCUAAAUGUACUGGAGAAACUAAUAGUGACUGCAUUGAAUGCAAUAAUCCUUUAUAAUACGAGCUCUCAGACGGUUUUUGUAUGUACAAACAAGAAGAUAUUGUAGAAAAUAAUAAUCCUGAAUAGGAGAUCGAUGAAUAAAUUACAUGUUUUUUUUCCUGUGAAUCGUGUAGUGAUACGUCUGAAAAUUGUGAUAAAUGUAAAGAUGAUUUUAAAUUUUAUAUUUAGACUUUUAAUUUUAAAUAUAAUUGCUAUACUUAAUGUCCCGAAGGUUAUUCUCCAGUAUAAGAAGAUAAUAAAUUUUAAUGCUAGUAAACUCUUGAUAUCUAUUAAUAAGAUGAAGCUGAAAAUGAGUAAAAUAUUUAAAAUAGAUGUACUAUUUCCUAAUUUUAUAACCCAGAAGAUAAAGAAUGCUAGUCUUGUAAAUAAAACUGCUUAUAAUGUAAUACCCUAAAUUAGUGCGAUGAAUGUUCUUUGGGAUAUUAUUGGGAUUUUGAAACUCUUAAAUGCGAAAUUUGUCAUUUUUCUUGUUAAAAAUGUUAGGGAAAAGGACAUACAGAGUGUAUUAUAUGUAGUAAUGUUAAAUCUAUAUAUCCUAAAAAUGGAAUUUGUGACUCUCUAGGGACUUCCGCUUCUGCUUUGACCUUAAAGGAACUCGUAGAAUAAUAAAAUAAGGAUUAUGCCUAAUAUGAAUAGGGUGUUUGUCCGUCUGUAGAAGAUGGAGAGGUGAUUAAUUAGCAUUAUUAGGUUGGUUUUUUGAAAAGCUUUUCAUAAAAAAAUACUAUGUGGUAGAAUAUUAGUUUGGUUUAGGAAAAGUAAUGUUCCAUAAGUUUUUUUUAGGAUCUAUUAGUAGGAGUUAGCGGAGAUUUGGUUGAUUGUUCAAAUCUGGAUUUGUCUAGGAGCUUUUUGGAUGAGAAAAAAGGGGAACUUGUGUUUAUUUUGAGUAUUAUUUUGGCUUAAUAUGAUGCCUAAAUAGAUAAUAAAGGAAUAAAUCCGUAAAGCUUGAUAGAGUUUGCGAAAGAUAAUAAUUUUUUAAAAACUCUUUAUAAUCGAAAGGUUAAUUUGUAAUCAGAUUAAGAAGAAAACUAGUGUAAAGAUUUUGUUUGCGAAGGUAUUUUGGAUGUUAAUUUGGGAUAAUUUGAAACAAGAAGAAAUACUAAGGUUUAAACAUAAGAAUUAAUGAGUAUAGAUAUCGAAGUAAAUUGUUUUGAGAAUUGGGAUACAGAAAUUAAGUAGGAAAUAUUGGAAGAUGUAGAGAAAGCGUUUUUUAAUGGAAAUUAAUCUUUAAAAGGAAAUAAAAGACUAUAUUUUGUGGCCUAAAUUUGUGGUAGAGAUUUAGAUUCGUAAUAAAUUUAAUUUUUUAAGGUUUAGUUUAAAAAUAUGUUGGGAAUGGAUUUAUUGAUGUUAUUUUACCUAGUUUUAAGAAAGUCAUUAAAGAUA